CCCUGGGCGGCAGCAGCGGCGGCGGUGGCGGCAACCCACGCGCGCGACGGGAGCCCUCUCUUUCGGCAUCGGAGCCGUGGCUCCAGCAUCGCCGGUUACGAAGCGGCCAUUGCCGUGUAAAACGCAGCUGACGGACACCGUGCGUGUCGUUGCUGUCACACCUGCCACGCUGUUCGGCUAACGGACAGACUGCGCUCUGUAGGAAGCACUGACGCGCGACGAGCUCUGUCUUGUCACUGGGUCGUUCACGCCACGCUGCAAGCGCCCGGCGCACCGCGGAUCGCCAUGUGGGCGCCGGCGGUCUCUGUUUCACUUUCGCCCGGGGAUAUAUCACUGACUGUGCGAGGCCACUAGUUCGAAGGCUCCGGCACUCAGGGUCACGUUCUACGACGGUAUUCCCGCCUGGUAUCCCGACAAGGGCCAGCCUCUAAAAAUGGAGUUCGGAUUCAAGGCCUUCCUGCGGAAACUCCGGCGGACCAAGCCCCUGGGCACGGACCUCCUGGAGACGUCGCUCAACCGAUGUCUGUCCACCUUCGACAUCACCCUUCUGGGUAUCGGCCACAUGAUGGGCUCCGGCAUCUACGUCCUCACUGCCACUGUGGCAAAGUCCGUGGCCGGUCCGGCCGUGGUCGUCUCCUUCCUCAUCAGUGGCGUUGCGUCCCUGCUCGCCGCGUUCAGCUACGCCGAGUUCGGCGUCCGCUUUCCCAGGGCCGGCUCGGCCUACUCCUACACAUACCUGGCAGUCGGCGAGUUCUGGGCGUUCCUGGUCGGCUGGAACGUGGUACUGGAGAACGUCAUCGGCCUGGCUGCGGUGGCACGGGCCUGCAGCGCCUACGUCGACUCGCUGCUGGGCAACGUCAUCAAGACGUGGACCGCAGAUCACGUGGGCCGGAUACACGUCACCUUCUUCUCCGAGGAGCCGGACCUGUUCGCGUUCGUCUUCAUCGUCGUCUUCGUCGUGGUCAUGUCACUGGGAGUGCGGGCCUCGUCGCACAUCAACAACAUCUUCUCGAUCGUCAACAUCGGCAUAGCGCUGCUCAUCGUCGCCGUAGGCUCGUACUUCGCCAAGACAGAGAACUGGACCAACCCGGCGACCGGCGGUUUCAUGCCGUACGGCUGGCACGGAGUGCUGGCCGCCUCGGCUUCCUGCUUCUACGCAUACAUAGGUUUCGACUCGAUAGCCACGUCGGCCGAGGAAGCGAGCGAUCCGCAGAGGUCACUGCCGCUCGCGACGUUCAUCUCGAUGAGCAUCGUGACCGUCGUGUACGUGUCGAUCUCGGCGGUGCUGACGCUCAUGGUGAAUUACACGGAGAUUACGAGUGAGUCCGGGCUACCCGACGCGCUUGCCGCCAAUGGUGCCACUUGGGCUAAGGUGAUCGUGAUCAUCGGAGCAGUGUGCGGUAUGGUGACGGUACUGAUGGGCAACGUGUACGCGCUGACGCGCAUUGUGUACGCCAUGGCCGAGGAUGGCCUCCUUUUCGCCUGCUUCUCGCGUGUCAACCAGCGGACGCAGCUGCCGCUGGCCGCCAUGUACUCCUUCACGGUGCUGUCCGCCUUCCUGGCCAUCUUCCUGGACAUCCACACGCUGGUCGAGAUGAUGUCCAUCGGCACGCUGCUCGCCUACCUCGUGGUCAGCGCCUCGCUCAUCAUCGUGCGCUACAUGCCCGUCUCUAGGCUUAUGGGCGAAGAAAGCCAGGAACCGCCGGACAUGACAAAGCCCUGCUUCUCGGACGACGAGGGCGUCUUCGACGGCGCCGGCGACGUGGCCGGUCGGCUGCGGGCCACGUUCGCCUUCCUGCACCGGCUGUACCCUUUCAACCAGCCGCCGGGAAUCGUGGUCUCGUACUGCAUCACCACGCUCACCCUGGACGUCUUCCUGCUGAGCUUCCUCACCCAGCUGCUCCUGGAACCGAUCUCGGGGGGAAGCUUCUGGGCCAUACUGCUCGUGCUGCUGCUCUCACUGGUGGCGCUCUUCUGCUUCGUCGUGAUCCUCAUGCACCAGCAGUCCACGACGCUGCUGCACUACAAGAUGCCGCUGGUACCACUCCUGCCUACCUUGAGCAUCAUCCUCAACGCCACGUUGAUGACAACACUGCAACCACUUACGUGGGUGCGGCUGCUUAUAUGGGUGGCCGUAGGACUGCUGGUCUACUUCAGCUACGGCAUAAGACACAGCAAGCUGAACCCGGACAGCGUCAUCUCGCCGCAGACGUCUCUGCUUGCCAUGGAGUCACGGGACCAACCUCGCAAGUGGGGUGCCAUGGACCAGGAAGUGACGUCAGCCACAGGCCUGACCGAAGCGGGCGACAGCACUGACGACAAGCAGCCGCUCGUGUCGUCUUCGUCGCCACCUCCAAGAUCCUCGUCCUAGGUGUACACGAGUGGCUAUGUUGCGAAUUGCCCGGUGUUACGUCCCACUCGAGUUAUAUUUAUUGUCGUGCGGAGGCAGUCGUGCAUCCAUGUCGAGUUGGAUUGUGGAACCGAAGAGCUUUUCACCGUUUCCUUAGGGGCGACGAUUUCCUCUGGUCGACCUGAGGCAAAGGCUUUGUCUUUGACUACCAGCCUGCUCGACAACCGAUCUCUGUAUUUCUCUGUCGUUAAAGGUCGUGUUCAUCCGGGACUUCAGAGAUAGCAUUCCAGGGCACCAGAAUCUUUAUGUUGAACAUCUGCGCUCAAUAUUGUUUUGCUUAUUUGCGAUAUCACAGAUUUCACUACCCUAAUAAUGUCUCGCUGUUACCAAAGUAAGUGGUUCGAGCAGUUGUAGCAAGUAAGAGGAGGGGCCAGAGGCGAAGCUGCGACAAAUAAGCGCUAAUACUAAGGUGACCAGUGAAGCUUAGUUAAUGCUGAAUUGGGACACUCGUUCCAAUGUGGAAAGUCAAUGUGUCGAGGGUAUGAUCAAUCGAGAAGCAAUUUCUUCAGCCCUUGCAGAAGGGCUGCCUUCAGCCUUCAGCGCUUCAGGCCUUGAUUUGGAGCCGAAAAUAGUCGAACAUCUCGCUGGAGCAGUCAGCUAUAGCUAAUUCAGAUUGACGAAUAGAGCCCUAGUACGCACGCGGUUCAGAUGAUUUAAGCUGUUUGUGGCGCAUCUCAGAUUUCACUGUUGAGGCGCAUCCAGUUAAAAGAAGGACGACAUCUUGUUGCGACUAGUUUCUAUCUGUCAUCACGGCAGAUGAAAACGUAUGUGGAUAUCACGCUAGGCAUGCGACAAAAAAAGAGCUCUCGAUAUAAAAUAAUGGAUUUCGCUGAGGCGACAGGACGCGGUAUUACACUAACGAAGUUAGUAUGGCUACCAAAGCAAUUUAUGUCGACUCGACAGAAAUCUCUAACGUGACAAUGGUGCGUCCCAAAGAACGCGAAAACACCGAACUCUGUAGUGUACUGCGCGAAUUGUACGCCGGUAGGUGCGGGGAAAAAAACGCAGGCACACGAGAGGAAAGGAGGUGGAAGGAAAGGGAGAAGGCAGGAAUGUUAACCGAAAUGCAAAGACCGCCAGAAUUCAGUAUGAACCAACUAGGCUGCAGAAAAGUGUUUAUUGAAAAAACAACGCCCUCUCGUUGCGACAAAAAAAAAAAAGAAAGAAAAAAGAAAGAAAGAAAGGUCUAAUCUCGCUAUGUUAUUCUGCAGGCGCAGGAAAUAUGCCACUGUUCUUAUUAUACAGCAACUACACAAAAUUACAUGCCAUUUGAACAACUAAAGGAAAAUAUAAGUUAUGUCAUUGGACUUGAUGAGAAGACUGUUCAGUUAUGCAGUCGAUUUCUUAGAAAAAAAAGGAGGGUUCGCAUAAAAUGUGUCUUCGCGUAACAAAUUCCUAGUUUUCUUUAUAGCAGAGUGUUCACUAAAGCUCGACUCUCUUUUGCAUAAUAUCACUGCCCCACGUUUCCACUAGCGCAGGGAAAAUGUUAAUUUAAACAUGUAUUUGAGGGCAGUCACACGAUAGGCGUUUUCGUGGCGGCUUAGAAGUAAUUAUCCUUUUAUUUUAUACCGCGAUAUACUUUAAGGGUCCUCGCAGUGAUUUGAAACACAUACGACGACGCGUGGACGUAGACGUGUGAGUCGUUGUGCGGAACUGUCGGUAGCCGUUGAGAAUCGUGGCGCCGAUCACUGGAGUAAGCAUGGGGCGUGUAAACGGAAACUUUCCUUUCCUGAAGAAAUAGACAUUUGAGUGGGUAGGUGUCUUUUUUUUCUUCGGUCGGUCGAUAAAUCUCUCUCUAACAAGUUUCACAAUUUCAGCCCCGUUCAGACUAAAUUUCUUUUUCUGAAGUUUGCAAAAUCGAUUAAACAUAGAGAGCCUAAACGCAAGCACAUCAUUAUUCCUGUUGGCUAUCUAAUACUCCAUAGGGUGCCUCGAUAGCAACGCUCCUCAGCGUAACUGCUAUCGAAGCAACCUAAAGACUCCAUGUUACAGAGCGCCAUCUAUCUGCCGCUCACCGACUCGUAGAGCACGUUGGAAAGCCUUCGAGACUUUGCUUCACUGCCAAUCUCGAAGGCAACGCGCGAUUCCUUUGAUAUCGAUCAACCAGGGGGCGACACCGCCACGGGCGACAGUAAAGAAGCCGCACGAAGUGCAGUUGGCGCCUACAUUCGAAACCCCUUGGAGACGAAGUGCGUCGCCACGGCAACCGUGCUUAUGUAUGAACAUCCUAAGAUGCUAAUUUUACGACUUAUAGGUUGUGCGAAAUUACAUAAUGUAAGCAAAUUUACCACAAAUAAAGGUAUAUUUUGAGGGUAUCAAAUUAUUUAGCGCGUAUUCACUGCCUAAGAGAUGUAGCGAAGUCAUUUGAAGGACCAGUGCCAAUAUCUAUUAGUGUGGCAGGAUGAUUGGUCAUAGAUGCUUUUAUUUAUUGUCCUCGGGUAAUAACUAUUUCUACUAUUUGCAUAGUCGGCCAACCUGAUAACACACUAGUUAUGCAGGGAGAGCAAGAACGCACUAAGGAUGCCGACCAUACGAAGUAGAAGACAAUGAAGCCAGGCAGAGUAUAGGGGAAGUCAAUGGUUACGCUUAGUGGGAAUGUAGGAAUUACAUAGGGAAAUGAAGGCGGACGAAACGAUAAGUUGCCGCAGGUGGGGAUCGAAACCAAGUCCCCGAGUUACGCGUGCAGUGCUUUACGAAUUAAGCUACCAUGCCACUAUCCUCUCGUAUACAUUUUUGGGUAUCUAUAGUACGUGUGCAAAAUGAGCCUUGUGAGUGUUAGCCAGUGCCGCUCACGGCCAACGCGAGGCCUACCUUGCAGAGUAGGUGGCCAACGAGAUCGCAGUGGCCGCGCCCCAAUAUCGGAGGCCAUGCUGAAUAUUUCACGCCCGCGACGCGCGAUACCCUCAGGUAAUAGUUCGGUUCACGCAGUGUCUUGGGAGAACACAAGAAGCUAUUUUAAGGUGACAUUAUUUUAACGUAGUGUUAUUUAGUGGCAGUUGCGUUCUGUCGGGAAGGAAAAAAAGUAACCCAAUGCCAGCCGUGAGUGAUUUCGCGCAACGAAGAUUGCCUUUAUAUAUGCCCAGAAAAGUCAGUCAGUCGAGUAUGUGUGCACAUCAUGCAUCAUUCCUCGGUGCAAUUGGAAGUGCUAUUGCGGUGUAGAAUCGUUGAUUGAACCGUGUGUAACAGUACCGAUUACUGUACUCACAACACUACUCACAAUCGAAGAAUCAGCUUGCACCACGUAUAGAGCCAGUAGGAUUCUUGGCAGAAUGUCAUUCAGUGCUCUUUGAGCGAAAGGCAAUCGCAUGAUUGAAAUGAUUUGUCUUUCCAACCUUGCUGUUGUGAAAUCGAGCAAUCCAAAGCCUUCAUGUCUUUCAUGUGAACCCAUAAGGUCAAGAUUUAAACGACGCGGUUGCGGCGUCAUUAUCAUGUGUCGUUUUUUUUUUUUUGCUUUAUCAGAUGUUUAAUUAACCGUUAGAAUAUAUGGUGCUGCUGAAGCACGGACUAUCCGUUUGUAAGUGCGCGAAGCGCGCUUCUGUGAUCAUAGGUUAAAUGGCGGUCAUAUCUUAUAUAUUAUUUAUUGUUGUUAUUGUACACUUAGAUCUCAAUAUAUUAGCUUUAUUUGUAUUUCCCUUCUACUUCUGGAAUUCUGCUGAGACCAAUAUUUUUGGCCAUUGUGAUUGUGAUCUAGAGGCAUUGAAAGGGUGCCUUCAAUAAAGAAAA